AUGUUCAAAUUCGACUUUGCCAUCGACGACAUCGACGAGACCAUCGAACAAUCCAUUCCAGAAACCAAACCAUCCAUCUCCAACGAACCGACCACCACCAAACAACUCCCUUUCAAAGAACACACAAUCUCUGACCUUCUCGAUGCUCUACCGUCGUUGAUCUCAUACUCUCGGUUGACUGUUCCUAGUGGAUCUGGAAAGGAGCCAGUGACGAUUUUGCAUCGGGAUCUUUUCGAUGCUCGGUUUCAGCUUAUCUCGGAGGGGAGGGACGAGUUGGUGAAGAGUGACGAAUCUGGAGAUAAUGAAAAGACUGGAGAGGGGAAAGAUCAGAAAAGCGUCUUGACGUAUCUCGAUGCACCAUCAGACCUCCUCCCAGGCGUAUACGAGGGUGGUUUGAAGACUUGGGAAUGUAGUCUGGACGUCGUGGAGUACCUCGAGGGGUCCAGUCCAUUUUCUUCCUAUCAGGGCAAACGAGUACUUGAGCUAGGUUGCGGGACUGCCGUCCCUUCCCUCUAUGUCCUGCAAAACCUGUUCUCAUACCCUGAGGAGGAGGUCAAACAGCCUACCGAAAUCCACCUCCAGGACUACAAUGAUUCGGUUCUUGAGUUGAUGACACUUCCAAACGUGUUCUUGACCUGGUACGCUUCCCCUGCCUCCCUUGCAGCUCGCGAGGCCACCCAAUCCGACCCUGUCGACCCUUCCGCCCCUGGAGAAGUCCACAUCGCGGAUGAACUCAGGGAUGCCUUCCUCUCAUCCCUCGCCCAGCGCAACAUCACCAUCCGCUUUUUCUCUGGCGCUUGGGAGACCUUUGAUCUGCAGAAAACAGGAGGAAACUACGAUCUCCUCAUGACCUCCGAAACCAUCUACCGCACCGAAAGCCUGGUACCCUUGACCAGGAUCCUGGACGAGGGAUGCCCAGAUUCCCUGACCGAGAAGGCCGCUAAAUUGUCCGUCAACGACAAAUCGGCAGCGAAGGAGCACGAGACCUCGCCGUUGUGCUUGGUCGCAGCCAAGGUGUUGUACUUUGGAGUGGGAGGCGGGAUAUCCGAGUUCGUAGAGUUCCUAUCAGAGAAGAAACCGGGUCGGAAGGGGGAAGCGACGGCGGUGUUGGAAAAAGUCACGAACGUGGGUCGAAGAGUGCUAAGCAUUCAGUGGAUAUGA